AUGAAAAAAGAUAUAGAACUAUCAAAUGAAUUGGAAAUUAUAUAUUAUUUGCUUGGUAUAAUAUCAAGUGGUUGCUUUGGUGUUCAAUAUCUACCACAGAUGAUGUUAAAUUAUAGGAGGAAAUCAUGCCAAGGUUUUUCAUCAUCUGGUAUAAUUAUAAAAUUAAUAGGCGCAUCAUUUUUAUUUAUAAAUGCUUGGUUAACAGGUGAAACUUUACCAAUUGUUUUUUAUGGUUUAAUUAAUGUUUUACAACAUACAAUUUUUUUAUUUCAAUUUUCGAUAUAUGACUCUCUGGCAUCAAGAAAAUAUUUACCGUGGAUAGGUUUCCCCAUUAUACCCUUUUUAAUAGGAAUUCAGUUUCCUUAUACAAUGUUUAUAACAAAUUCAUUUAAACCAAUUACUCAAGUUUUAAGCCAUUUACCCCAAGUAGCAUUAUGUUAUCAAUCAAAAACAACUAAUGGCGUAUCUUUACCCUCACAAUACUUAAAUUUUAUCGGUGGCAUUGCAGGUGUUAUAAGUAAAUAUUACCCAAUUAUUUAUUUCUUCGUAAUAACAAAUAUACUAAUUUUCCUUUAA